GGAAGUGCAGUCCUGAGCGGAAAAGCGCCCGCCCACUUUUCUUCUCCCCACGAAGCACGACGUUGUGAAGCACGGAGCGGGACACGAUUAUUAAAAUAACUCCAUAAAACUUUACAUUCAGUGCCAUCCAGGGAUAAGCUCUCCACCAUGUCUGACGACGGAGGAGUCGGAGAAAAUGAGCACGAGUUUCCGGCUCAUUAUAAAGUCAUGCUGGACAAACUGAACGAACAGAGACGGCUCGACCAGUUCACAGACAUCACGCUGAUCGUCGACGGUCAUCAGUUUCGAGCCCAUAAAGCCGUGCUGGCCGCCUGCAGUCAGUUCUUCCAUAAGUUCUUCCAGGACUUCACUCAGGAACCUCUGGUGGAGAUUGAGGGAGUGAGUAACAGUGCGUUUCAUCACCUCAUGGAGUUCACGUACACGGCCACGCUCGCUCUGAGUGGACAGGAGGAAGUGGUGGACGUGUGGAGAGCAGCUGAAUAUCUGCAGAUGCAGGAAGCCAUUAAAGCUCUAAACAACAGGGUGAAGAGCGAGGACAGGAACAUCACGGUGAAGUCUGAGCCUCGGCCCCUCGCUGACAAAACCAAAGCCAAGAAGAGAAAAAUCGCAGAGACGUCGAACGUGAUCACGGAAACCCUGCCGUCGGUGGAGGCGGAGUCCGAGCAGGUGGAGAUCGAGGUGGAGGUCGGGGAAGAGGCCAUCGUUCAGGAAUGCUUGAUGGAGGAGGAGGUGACGGACGGAGGCAGGGAAACGGACGACUCCGCCCUCGCGCUGCUCGCUGACAUCACCAGUAAAUACCAGCAGGGGGCGUCGAACGUGAAGAGGGCCAGAGAGGAGGUGGGGGAUCUGCAGGAGGAGGCGGUGAUGGCCACCAAAACUCUGGAAGGGAUCGAGGUGGUGGAGGUGCAGAUCUCCGAUAACAUGUUCCGCUGUGAUAAGUGCGAGCGCUGCUUUAAGCUCUUCUACCACCUGAAGCAGCACAUGAAGACGCACACGGCGAGCUCGGAGAAACCGUUCGUGUGUAAACAUUGCGGGAAGACGUACGCUCGGGAGGGAGCGCUCAAACAGCACGUCAACACGUGUCACUACGACGCCGAGGAGCUGAGCAAGAAGCUGAAGAAGAAAGUGCACAUGUGUGUGUACUGCAGUAAAGAGUUCGACCACUUCGGCCACUUCAAAGAGCACUUACGCAAACACACGGGUGAGAAACCUUUCGAAUGUCCGGAUUGCCACGAACGGUUUGCCAGGAACAGCACGCUGAAGUGCCACAUGUCGGCCUGCCAGAACGGCGCAGGGGCCAAGAAAGGCCGCAAAAAACUCUACGAAUGCCAGGUGUGUGGUGAGGUGUUCAACAGCUGGGAACAGUUUAAAGAUCACCUGGUGAUCCACACAGGCGACAAACCCAACCACUGCACGCUGUGUGAUCAGUGGUUCACUCACGCCCGAGACCUCACGGCUCACCUGCAGCAGCAGCAUGAAAUCCACGAAGAGGACGGAGCCAUGGUGGAGGAGCGAGUGGAGCUGGAGGAUGGCGUGAUGAUGGAGGAGCAGGUGGAGCUGCAGGACGGAGUGAUGAAGGAACAGGUGGAGCUGCAGGGCGCGGUGAUCGAGGGACGGGUGGAGCUGCAGGACGGGGUGAUGGUGGAGGAACGAGUGAUCAUGGAGGGACAGAUGGAGCUGCGAGACGGAGUGAUGAUGGAGGGACAAGUGGUACUGCAGGACGGAGUGAUGGAGCAGCAAGUGAUCCUGCAGGACGGAGUGAUGAUAGAGGAGCGAUUGGAGCUUCCGGACGGAGUGAUGGUGGAAGAACGGGUGGAGCUGCCGGAUGGAGUGAUGGUGGAAGAACGGGUGGAGCUGCCGGACGGAGUGAUGGUGGAAGAACGGGUGGAGCUGCCGGACGGGGUGAUGGCGCAGCCGGUGGUCCUGCAGGAAGGAGUGAUGGUGGAGAGCCAGGUGGAGACGGUGCUGAUAGAGGUGGAGGAAGACGGAGCGAAAGAACAGACGCAGAGCGUAAACGUAUGAAAGUGAAUGAACGAAGGAACUGUGGAUGAACUGUGGAUAUUUAUUUUUGUAAAGCAGAGUGUGUGUGUGUGUGUGUGUGUGUGUGUGUGUGUGUGUGUGCUCUCCUCACAAGCCUGUCCCUGCACAGCUUUCAGAAACUAGAACAUGACUCCCGGUUUGUUUAGUUUGUAUGUUUUAAAGAAGUUGAGAGAAAGAUCUCAGCAGUGGGCGUGUACCGAGAACCCGUUAUAUAAAUAUAAACAUCAAUAUAUUGUGAUAUUCAACAUGAGGAGCAAUAAUUCUCAUCGUAGCUUCUCUAACUAGACGCGUUUUUCUGAUUACGUUCGUUCUCUUCAAAAGUUCCCUCACUUUCACUCGUCUCCAAAAAUUCUGUUCAUCACAAGAAAAACACGGAGGACGGGACUCACGUGGGCGGGGCUUAAAACAGGCGGAUGUGACUUGGUGUAAGUUACUGCUUAGCGUUAAAUACAGCUACACGAUAUCAUUUAUCUCCAUGAGUUAAUUAUCUGGGCUAGUAAUGAGCUUCGUCUCGUUCACCGUGUGAUUAAAGCUGCUGUACCGCGUCAUUCGGCUCGUACGUCCCGCUGAGCUGUGGAACUGAAGGAAAGCCGGUGGUGAUGGCAUAAUACCAAGUUUGUGAUUGGUUGAGUAAAUGUAACUUAAGCUCCGCCCCUUGCUGACCCAGAGCCUUCAGGAUGUGAGACGCGAUACAGCUGUUGUGUGAUGUGUUUUACAGAAUAUCCGAUCAUCAGAUAAACCUGCGAUCUUCAUGAUGAGGGUUCGUAUCGGAGCGCCUGCAGCGGGAACAGAAGGCUUUCAACUCUUAUCUGAAGUGUUAUUUAUUUCAUAUCGCAUCUGGUCGGCUUUCUGAAAGUAGCAACAAUACAUUUUUUUGUAUUUUUUUUUUUUUUUGUAAAGAAUUUUUGGGUUUGCUUUUUUAAGGUUCUGCUCACGUGUGUAAGCCGAGAACGAUCGCCUCCGAAUGCCUCCGAAUGCCUCCGAAUGCCUCCGAAUGCCUCCGAAUGCCUCCGAAUGUCUCCUGUUCUGUAGCUUAAAAUUCUUAUUUUUGUAAAAUGUUUGUGUUUAUUUAAGAGCUGUUGUGUGACUGUAAAGGGCUUCAGCGGAUCUGUGCACGACUCUGUGGCUUUUACACAAUUUCAGAUAUUAUUUCAGAUUGUAAUGCAUUUGUACAGAGCAAUAAAAUAAAAUGUAAAUACUA